UCUCACUUCGCACACAUAGAGCCAGUGUUCUAAGGAAAGCUAGUUCUACCUAUCCACCCGAGGAGCCUGCUACCAGGGAGGUGGUAGAGCGAGUUUUCGAUUUCCAGGAUGGGCGAGGAGUCACAGGGGAAGCCGACGCCCGCGGACUCAGUUUCCUUCCAAUGGAACGACAUCACGCGCCAGUUCUGUGAUGCCGCCAGUUCGCUCGCGCUCGGCGAGCUCUUCCGUGACAAGGACUUCACUCUAUUGGAGGCGAUGAGUGCCAUAGAGAUGAUGGAUCCGAAAAUGGAUGCAGGCAUGCUAUGCAACAAGAGUCAGAACUGUUCCGUGGAAGAAGCGAUCGCCGAAGGCAAAUUCAAAGUACAAGACCUUACUGUUAACGAAAUCCGCUCGGUGCUAGACUCCUCGUUCCGAUGCUUGGUCAGUUGGCUGGAAGGACACUGCCUGGCUCAAACUGUGUUUGCAAACCUCUAUCUUCAUGACCCCGCACUCAUCGAGGAUCGAACGAUGCGGACUGUUGCCCUGGUCUCCGUGAAAUUAGUCUUUGUCAUUAAAGAAAUCGUCUACAAGAUAGGUGCCUUUGAAGAGGAAGACUUUCAUGGAGUUACCUAUAAUUUUUAUCUCGGUCGAGACGUGCUCGAUUCGAAAGCCUGCUCUCUAAUCAGACAAUGUGAGGACGAUCUCCAAAAGCGUGCAAAACGAGCUCGUCAAGCCAAAGAAGAUGAAUCGGAGACAAAUGGCGUGGACGCUGAAUAUGAGGACCCCAAUGACAUUAUGCAGCUUUACCACAGAAUUCGAUUUCUCCGGUUGUUCUUCCAAAACCUCAGCCUACUAGAAAGCCGUAUGAUCAUUAGCGAGACACGGAAAACGUUGCAAGGGGUCAUAGAAGAAGUUCGUAUCAUUCGGAAAGAAAAUCUCGACGAUGACGACAACUUUCCGACGACGCCCGGUUUUGACGCGACAGCGAAUCAAAGAUUGCUCCCGUCGACCUUCCCGCGAUACACGAAGGUGGCCAGCUGUAGGAGUGCCUACGAAUACCUCGAAUGUGUCUUGUUACGGAUUCAAGAAGUAAUGGAGAUAACAGGAUUGCACAGUUAUAAUCAGGUUCUGCAUUUCUUUUCGGAGUUCUCGAAGAAGAGCCCGUGCGUCUUAUCUCGGAGUAUCGGCCGAUUAGUGUACAUGCCGUCGCCCGGGAUGGUUUACGGAAUGACCAAAACCACCGACGUCCUCAAGGACGCUAUCCGCACCUUCUGUCGUCCGCCGGUGUUCGUUGCGAAGAGCGCUGUUUCCCAGUCCGCAGAGUGCCGAGACUGGGCCGAGGGCUUACUUUUCCGGUGCUGCCAACCGCUUUUCGGAUUGCUCCAGGUAACCGGUCACAAUCGAGCUCGUCAGCUAGAGAAAUGCACGCGGGUCCUCGAAGACCUCGCCGCAGUUCAAGACGAAGCUGAGAAGGUUGACGGUCUCCUCCUAAUGGCCCAAAAAGAGGUUGAACCUAAUUGUCCGAUAUUUCAAUGGUUCACCAUGUGGCUCAUCAGCUACAUCCUCAAAACUCAAAUCGGAUACCUACUCAUGGGGUUCGAGCUUGACCUAUACGCCGAGCAUGAAUAUUGCUAUAUAUUUUGGUAUCUCCACGAGUAUCUUUAUCGGUUUCUCGUGACCACGCUAUCGCAGGCCGACAGCUACAUGUUAGAAUGCGACAAGAAACUCAGGAAACAGAAGAAAGAUACACGAUGCACAAAGCCGAAGAAAACUACCAAGGGAUACCAUUAUAAGGAGCUGCUAUCCACUCAGAUCAUGCAGAGCGUCUGCGGUGGAUUCUACAAGACAGUGAUGGCUCUCCGGAUGGAUGGACGACUUAAAUUCCCCAACGUAGAGUUUGACUCAGAAAAAAUUCGAUUCGAACAUCGCUUCGAAGCGUUCCAAGCCGUGGCCACUCCCCGGGUUGUGACCUACGAACAAUACUGCGAAAUCAAUGAUACCAGUAGAUACGAGAAUUUGACGCCAAGUGGGAUGUACGAUGCGGCUUCUAAAUGUUUCAAGCAGGCUAAGGCUCUCUUGGAAUCGGCGGGCGAGCUCUGUCCAGAACAACAAGCUCUACUCAAGAUUAGCAAAAACAAUAUGAUCGUAGUGAACCUUCUGCAGACUGGUCACAGAAGAGAAGCUCAAAUCUUAUUCGAGAGAGGGCAUCACAUGUAUUUUCCACUGAUCAAACUCUCUUGAAUUCCCUUCGAGAAGCCGGACUGCUGUUCGAUGUCCCGCUCCUCGUCCGACGGACGCUCGAUGUCAGAAUAGUCGUGAUAUAAGAUUGUGUGCAAGAGUCCGCCUCGCGAGGGUCUCGCAAACGAAGGGUCCGCGGGCAUCGUGUUUCCGGCAGAUCUCCCUUCGACUGGUGCGCGUCGGAGGAUGUAUAGCUGCACGGAGUGCAUAUCGUCAAUCUCAGGAGUUGCAGCAGAUUUAUGCCGGCCGAAGCACAAGGUCUUUCGGCUUCGGCGACGAGCACAAAGCCAACAGACGACAUAGGCUUCUUCAUAUUUAUACAAAUAUUUUCUUUUGAGUGUGUGAGAUAAUCAUCUUGCUGAGAAAUUGUGAAUGAGGGUUGCAAUAAAAUGUUGCCGUAAACUUCUUUACU